AUGCGGCCGACAUCGUCGCUCUUUUUACAGUCCUUGGCCCUGCGAUUCGCGGUGGCCAACGGUCAGGCUUUGCAAACUCUCACCUAUGGUCCUGCCGGGCCAUGCCCAGCUCCCUUGGUGACCAGUGUUAUUGUACAGCCUGUUUAUUACAGCUCCUUCUUUCAGUCGGCGUCGCAGAUUGUCAAUGUCUUUGGCAAUGGCGAAACCAUCAACAUCGGCAAUGCUCCAACCACGUACAUUCAGAAUACAUACAUCACAACGACCAUAAUCUCCACCGUCACAACGACAAAUGCCACAUCUUCGGGUCCGCUGGUUGGCCCUGGCAGCGCAUCAACCACCGGCUCCAGCAGCGGGCCCAGUGGCACCAUCACCACAAGUGCAUCAUAUGGUUCUUCGAGCGCGUCAACCACCGGCUUCAGCAUGACUCCUACCUCCAGUUCGUUGGCGACGACAUCUGGCUAUCCCACAGCUCCACCUACGAUCUACAGUACUGUGGCGCCUCCCAUGACCACUCCAACACCGCAACCGACCCUAUUGUCAACUUCUGUGGAUUCGCAGGGCAAUACUGUGACGGUCACUGUGGUCCAACCGACCUUUACACUGGGAGAAGGUCUCCAGAGCGGGGUCCAAACCGACAUACCAGCAACUUCGCCUGUCAUGGUAGGCAUUGCUUUUGGUGGACCAGGCGCCAAGGUUAAGAGACAGGAACCUACUGCUGCUCCCAGCUCCACUUUGGACGGGCCUCAACCAGCAGGACUGCUUCAGGGAGAGAAUGGAGGAUCUGGUAACAACUGUGGCUUCGCUACCCGGUGGUAUCUUCGAAAUGGCAUGCUCUUGGCCGGCAAUGAGUCGGUCGGGCGCAAUUUCAGCGAUUUCUACGUGCCGAUAACACCGCAGCCAUACAUCAACGAUGUCAACACAACUUUCUUCUUCAGCGACGGUAUCCUUGGGUGGAAUAGCACCGAUCGAGGCCCAGCGACAUUCUACCAGUGUGGCGAUGGUCUUGUCUAUGCUGGAUUCCCCUAUCCUCCAAGAAGUGACUGUUAUGUUGUGACGUUGGGUGGCAUAGCCGCUGCGGCCUGUCCGGUCGAUUAUACCAACUCUGCAGUCGAUGUUUCCUCAUCGACAACAUCAAGUGCGGCUGAGAGCACCACAACGUCCGGUGUUCCGGACUCAUCUACAACAUCGGACGUAACGACCACGUCAGACACGACAAGCGUACCCUUGACGACAACGACGACCGAUUCAUCUGUUGCAGUAUCGAGCACCACAACCAUUACAACUACCACAACGAGCUUGGCUGUAUCUUCCACUACGACCAAUCCCUCCCCAUCCUCAACCUCUCCCGUUGUUGCCUCGAGCAGUACGACGCGAGCCACCACGACCACCGCCGCCGCUACCACGACGACUGUUGCACCCGCAGGUUCGACCUCUUCAUCAGUAACCUCCUCUGUGCCAACGUCGUCGUCAACUGCCGUGCCUUCUACAACUACUACGACUUUGAGUCAGGGUUCUUCCGGCACAUCUAGCCAGCAAAGUGCUAGCACGAGCACCAGCAGAGUUUCCUCCAGCUCCACCGGCUCGACAGUCGGGACGUCUAGUUCUACGACAGUGGUUCCGACAACGACGACAACCCCGUCCUCGUCUGGAAGUCAAACUAGCCCUACGUCGUCCUCAUCUGGAACGAGCGUUGGACCUGCUGGUGGAUCAAGCACUACUUCAGUGCAGCGUGGUUACAUCUUCGUCAACAACCACAUCAACAACGAUGUCAACGACAGCGUCAACGACAGCGUCAACGACAGCGUCAACGACAGCGUCAACGACAGCGUCAACGACAGCGUCAACGACAGCGUCAACGACAAUGUCAACCACGGCGUCAACAACCACCUCCUUGGCAUCUUCAAGCUCUACUUCUUCUGGGCCCGCUGCUGGUUCUACCAGCACUUCUACCAGCAGUUCUACCAGCAGUUUCACUACCACAACAGCGUCCAGCUCAACGCAAACUUCGGGUGUAACGUCUUCUACCAGUACCAGUAG